GCGCGCGCGGGGCGGAGCUCGGCGCCCGGCUCCUCCUCCGCGCCCGGUGGCGGCGGGCCGUCCAGCCAGUCCGCAGGGCCCGGGAGGAGGAGCAGGGCGAGAAGGUAGGGCGGCAUCACAGCCCUCAUGGAGCCCAACGUGCGCUUCUGGAUCACCGAACGCCAAUCUUUUUUUCAAAGAUUUCUUCAGUGGACAGAAUUAUUGGAUCCUACAAAUUUGGUCAUUUCAGUUGAAAAAAUCGAAAAAUCGAGGCAGCUGUUGUUAACAAAUGAAGAUGCAUUCGGAUCUUUGGAGGACCAAAGGAUACAGGAGGCUUGGAAGAGAAGUCUUUCAACAGUACAUCCCGACAACAGCAAAUUGAUCCCUGUUCCUUUUCGACCUGCAGCGCUCCUGCCUUUCACAGCACCCAUGGUAUUUUUGUCUCUGGUGUCAGCAAAAAGUCUCAAGGCCAUGGUUUUACCUCAGUUAUCCUUCUUCACCUAUACUACAACAUUCAAUGUCAUCAAUGGAAACGCAAGUUACGAUUGUCGUCCAUAUGAGAGUAUAUUACUAGGGGCAGGAGUAAUUGCUUCUUCAACCUUUCUUGGAUUAUUGCCUCGUUUGUUCCAAGUGAGGUAUUCACUGAAUAACGUUUUGGUGAGAAGAGCCCUUCCUGUCAUCGUUCUCACUCAAGUCAGCGCAAUGAAUGUUGUUGUAUCCCGAGGUUUAGAGCCCAUGCGGGGGAUUGAGGUCAUGGACAAGGAAGGCAAUGUCAUAGGCUAUUCCAGAAAAGCUGGGACGAAGGCUGUUAAAGACACAGCAGCCACCAGAGCAGUGCUGUUUGGGACCUCAGCUGCCAUCCCUGAAGUCUUCUCAUACUUUUUUAAAAGGACCCAGUUCUUCCUGCAAUACCCGUGGUCCCUGUGGUCCUUUAAGCUCUCCUGUACUAUCCUUGUGAUGGGGCUGAUGGUGCCAGUCUCUCUCAGCAUUUUCCCACAGAUUGGACGGAUACAAUGCAGUAAGCUUGAAAAGGAAAUUCAGUCUGCAACAGAGGAAACGGAGCUCUUCUAUAACAGAGGGAUAUAGGGAUGUUUUAGGUGGAUCUGUUUGGCUCCUGCUUGGAAACCUUCCUGUCCUCAAGGUUUCAGUUUCAAGAACUCUACCAGAAUUCUGGAAAGGCCAGAGGGGUCUGGCUGACAGGACGGCUCCCAGGCACACAUCCAAGGCUGUGUGGUGCAGGGGUUUUAAGCCUGGAUGAAGAGAGAAAUGUGAGGCUGCCUGACCCACCCCCACGCGGUUGCCGACUGGUGGGUGAUGUAAGACUCAGUUGUCUGUCAGCCUCUGAAAGGAUACAGUGAAAUGACUAAUAAACUUGUCUAAUGUUGAGUAUUUGAGAAAAUAAAGGAGGAAAGUCCAUCAGGCCCAGGGCACAAGCUUUAAACUGAUGGCCCCUCUCCAAGUACUCGUGAACCUCUGGUGAGCUAGUGAAGGCCUCCAACCCCCAGAGCAAUCCUGUUUCCCCGCUCAGCUUCCUUCCCAUUUUGGACAAGUACUUAAAGUCUUUGCCCCCUGCUGCGCAGCUCCUUCUUUCUCCUCACUGGCAUGAGACCCUGCCUCUUCCGUCCCAGUGAAACCCAGAGCUAUUGGCCAGCAACGAACACCUGGUACCAAAUUGCUGGCCUCCCUUGGCCCACAGCCAGCCUCCCGUCCUCCCUUCAGGGGCAGCUGCUGUGCCUCUGCUCUGGGUCCAGCCCCCGCGUCCCCUCUGGCUCCAGCCUCAUCUACUGCUUCGCAGUAUGUUUAAGCUGUUUGAAUCACCUGGCUCAUUAAAGAAGCAAAACCUGCUGUUCGUGGCCUAACUUUUAAAGCUUGUCUACCUGUUUAACCCCACCCUCUAAUCUGCUGAGGCUGCUCUCAUCCAUGCCCCACCCAAAUGCUACAGUGCCACUGCUGGGUGCUCACACUGGGCAUGAGACUUGCUCUCUCCUCAGCAAUAGGCCCACAUUCAACUGCCCCCUGCAUUUGGCCAUUUAAAUGUCCAUUGAAGAACCAGGCUCAGGAAAUGGUACCAUCACUUACCCAGGAGCGUUAAGAUGGGAUCCCUGGCAGCACCCUUACUCUGCCCUCCCCCUCCCCCUACUUAGUGGACUGAACUCAGUAGUGUCUCCUCUAGAACUCACGCCUCCACUUCCACGACUGUCCCAGCUCAGUCCAACAGCAUCCCCUGCUGGUAUUACUCUCUCCGUUUGGCUCUCUCCAAUCCUCCAAUCCAUGCUCUCACCUGCUAUUCUAAACCGCACCUGCUUAAAAACCUUAAAUGGCUUCCCAGGACAUCAGGAUCAAGUUCAAAUUCCUUGCCCUGCAGUCAGGAGCCUUUACCCUGCUUGUCUCUUGCCGCUGCCUUUUCUGGCUCUGGACCGACAUGCAGUUCCUCAGUCGGGCUGUGGUCUCUCCUUUGCCUUCACACCUGUCGUUCCCUCUGCUCUGGGCUAACUCCUGCUUACGCUUCAGGUCUGACUUGGACAUCACUCUUCCAGGAAAGCUAGGUGCCCCUCCUGUGUUCCCAUACCACUCAGUUUAGAACUCCAUACACUGCAGUGCAGCAGUGGCCCUUCAAUCUGUAGAUUGUGUGCCUUGAGAACAGGAACUGUGUCUUGUACAUCAAGGAAGGCCCAAGACACAACCCAGUGCACGGUACAGAGUAGGAACCCAACCAUUUGCACACCAGGGGAAUGUUAGCAACAGACCCUGCCCCAAAUCAUCAUCUACCUGUGGCUUUCAGUUUUCCCUAGGCCAGAUUGAUGGUUAUCUCCGAAUUUUGUAAAAGGGUUUCUCGAGUGCCCAAAAGGAUAAGUUUACUAAAAAACCCCUAGAUGGCUCCGUAUAGCCCAUAGGCUUACUCUAAACAAAAUUAAAGAACUAAGUGUGCAAAGAAUCCAGGUGAAGACUUAGUGGCUAACAUGACAGAGUAGAAAUGUGAGGGCAACUUCUCAAAGCAGAAGAUAGACUGAAGUUACAGUCAACUCUGGGAAGCGGGGAAUGGAGGAGGGCCAGAGCAGGAGAGAAGGGGCCUGGACCCCAUAACUUUCAAAUCAGUCUUCUAAUAAUUCCUCAGAGCAUUUGCAGCUGAUAAAGGUUUUUCCCUUUUGUUUGGAGUGGGAAGCAUCAGAGAAAGAGGGCACAAUUUUUCAUAUACCUGAAGCUUUGUUGAAUAUCAAAAUAUUUCCAUUUUAUUUCUGUAUCAUAUUUGUAAUUUUAACAACUUUGAUCAUUAGCUAAUACGGUAAUACAAAAAAUGGAGAAAAAAGAUGUUAGUAUUCAUUUUCAUAAAGUGCAGAUUUAAUUUUUAAUUGUUUGCCUUAGUAAACAUCAUCUCAUUUCAGAUCCUCACCUGCCCCCAUCCAAGGAGGGAGGGAAAAGGCUAUUUUUGAUUUUUACUUUACAAAUAUCUAACACCAAGAAUAAAUGAAAGAUCGGAUAAAGACAAGAUAUUUUUGCAAACAUUUUUCUGAGUAUGAUUUCUAAGGACAACAGUACUGAGUGUAAAAUAAACUUUCAUAAUUAAUAUGAAUACAUACAAUAAAAUUAAAAGUUCAGAAUUUAGGCCUC